AUGUGGUCGUCGGCGUUUAAAACACAUCAAUGUCUACGUACCAUACGCCAAUGGGAUAAUCCUCCGCAGAACACCAACACAGAGAAUAAUAAUAAUAAUAGUAUCACUCCGUUUAACCCGCAGGAUAUAGUGAAACAGACACAAAAUAACGUCUCUGUUGUUAGUGAAAGUACGGCAGAGAAAGAAGUUCUAGAGGAUACAGUAGUAGCACAGAAGCGUCAGCGUGGAGAAGAUAUGUGUGAUGCUGACAGUAGUGUGAUUCCAACUUUAUCAUCCAUAGAUACAAAUCCCUCACCAUUAGUUAAACAACGGUGUGAAGGGAAUAAGGAAAAAGAAGAUAGCAUAACAGGCGAGAUUGUAGUUCUUUCUGAAAAACGUCUUGCUGAAGAAGUAAUUCUCAUAGAUGAUGAUGAUGAUGACGAUAAUGAUAAUAAUAAUAGUAGUAAUAUGAAUAAUUCGAAUGAGGAUGUUAUGUUGCAGGAAGAAGGUGUAUCUCAGGUUCAAAAGGAUAGUCCAGCCUCACGUGAAACAGAAUCCGAACGGUUAAAUAGUUCACAGACUCCCAAAGGGAAAUCAGGACUUGCUUUAGCUUCCUUUCUUUUUUUUAAUCCCUUAUCUGAGGAGCAACAACAGAUAUUUGAUCUAGUUGUCAAUCGUGGUCGAUCUAUUUUUCUUACCGGUGGUGCUGGUACAGGCAAAUCACAUUUACUCCGUUCUAUUGUGGCAGCAUUACCAAAAGAGACAACUUUCGUCACUGCGACUACAGGAAUAGCGGCAUUAAAUCUUGGUGGGAGUACAAUUCACAACUUUGCGGGUUGUGGCAUUAUAGACCCACAGCAGCAUUCAGCGGAUGAUGUUUAUUACACCGUUCAGCGGAAAACAAGGGCGAAACGGAAUUGGCGUACGUGUAGUGUUUUAGUGGUAGAUGAGAUAUCCAUGAUGGAUGCAUGGUUUCUUGAUGUUCUCGAGUAUGUGGCUCGCAAGAUACGUGGAAGUCGAGAACCUUUUGGUGGUAUUCAAGUUGUUUUCUCUGGUGACUUUCUACAACUUCCCCCAGUGGUAAAGAACAGCAAGAAAGAGGCUCGUUUUUGUUUUGAAGCGAAAUCCUGGUGCCGUAUAAAUCCACGUGUGUGUAUUCUUUCUCGUUGUUUUCGUCAAAAGGAUGGUGUUUUUUUCGGUAUGUUGAAUGAAAUGCGUCGCGGGGCACUCACCGCAACAUCUCUCGCUCUUUUAACUUCACUUUCCAUCACCACAACUGUACGUUAUGUGAAGGAGGAAGGGAAAGAAGUAAAGAAAGAGAAAGAGGUGAAAGAAGAAGAAGAAAAGGAAGAGGAAAACGAAAAGGAAGAGGGAACAGGAGAAGUAAAAACAGAAAAAAGAAGGUGUGGAGGUGGUGAAGUGGCGACUAUUGUGGAGGGUGAUAUUCGUGCAGGGCGAGAACGGUAUGAUGGAUUUACGAUAUUGCGUGCACGACGGGCGGAGGUGGAGGCGAUGAAUAUGGAUCGAUUUAAUGAAUUGACAACAAAGAUUGUGACCUACAAUGGUUUUCACAGAGGUGAGGGGAGGUUUCCGACAGAUUUACCUCAACUCGUUUCUCUGCGAGUUGGAUGUCGUGUAAUGCUGCUGAAGAACUUGGAUGUUUCUCUUGGUCUUGUGAAUGGUAGUGUGGGUACAUUAGAGAAAUUGAUUGACACAAGUAAUGUGAGAGAUUUUGCACAUAGAACCACUCCAGGAGAUCUUCGUUUAUUAGCCACACAUGGAUUUCUCCCUGUUGUGCGCUUUGAGACUUAUGAUAGUUCUGGUACGAAUAAGACUAGUGGUGGUCGUCUUGUUAUGAUCGAACCGCAUAGGUGGACUGUACUCCAAGGAGAACGUGAAGUGAGUUGUAGUAUUCAGAUUCCUCUACAACUUGCCUACGCUAUUACUAUUCACAAAUCACAGGGGAUGUCACUUUCUCAUGUGAAUGUUGACUUUAAAGGUAUCUUUGAAGAAGGACAGGCGUAUGUGGCUCUCUCUCGUUGUUGUGAUAUGAGUAAUCUUGUGAUUGAAAACUUUGAUGCCUGUCGUGUUAAUCCAAAUGUCAAAGCCUUAGCAUACUAUAAAGCUCUUGAUGAUGCAGCCGCAGAGAGGAAAAGGAAAGAAGCAGAAGACGAAGAAGAAGAAAUACUAAAAAAUGGUGGUAGUGUAUAUCCAUGGGGAGUACGUGAUUUUCAUUAUAUUGACAACGAGUAUAGUGGAAAUAAUAAUAAUAAUAAUAAUAAUGAGGAGGAUGAUGAUGAUGGUGAUGAAAGUAGUAAAAAUACACCGCAGGAGAUGUACUGGAAAAAGAGUGCUACAGCCAUUAUAGAAGAUAUUAGACGUCGUCUGACGCCUACAUUUGUGAUGUUAUCUACUAUUCGCUUACGUGUACUCUCCGCCACUGAGCGGGCGACAUCUCUGAAGGGAGCCUUAUUCGUUAUGGACACAACGUCUUUAUUCGCAUUAGCAAGUUCUAUGAAUUCUGCUGAAAUGUAUGAAAAUUUAUUCCUUAAGCAACAAAAUAUGAUUCGAGUUCCACGUGUAGUGAAGGAUGAACUCCUGCAGACUGUUUCUCUAGCGGAGGUAUCUGAAGUUCGAUCCACACCGACAGUACGUCUCAGUUUCAGCAGCGCCCGUUCAAACUCGCCCACGACGGCAAUGGAUUAUCAAUCGGCUGCAGAGAUGGCGGCGGCAACAUUGUCUGUGAUGGAAGAUGCAAAGAAUGAAUUUGUCUUGGAUGAACAGCGUGAGGGGGAAUCUCGUCCAUUACCGCCCAUUUUACCACAGUGGGAGGCAUUUCCUCUAUUUUCUAAUACAUCAUCUGCUCAUCUCUCUACAGUUGGUAAUAGUGGUGUUUCUUCUCUUUCUCAUACCUUUUGUGAUGGGCUUCAUACAGUUGGAGGACAUGGACUGGAAGUAAAUGAGAAUAGUGUAAUGCGACAAGUGCAGCUUUUGGAGUUUUGUUGUUAUUUAAUGGAGAAGUAUGGAUCACAUUGUGGUGUGUUUAUCUGCACAGAGUCUAUGGAAUUGGCAGCACAUGCGCUUUCUGUUGGUCUUCGUGUGUGUUCUUUAUCAUACUUGUGUCCCAGUGAACGUGCCUGA